UCCCCGCAACCGAGAGCUAAAAAAAAUAAAUAAUGAAUAAAAAAUAAAGAAAAAAAAUAAGAGAGAGGGAAAAGCCAUCCUCCCACGAAAGGGAGGGACAAAAAAGAGACCCCUUUUCUCUCUUCGAGAGAGAAAGAGAGAGAGAUGGCGUCGCGGCGGAGAGCGAUUCAAUCGAGGAGAUGGUCGUCGGUGUCGUCGGCGUCGUCGGAGUCGUCUGACGAGCUCUUCGUGGAGGCCAGGAGCUCGCCGCUGCGGGAGGGGGAGGAGGGGGAGGAGGAGGAGGCGGCGCCGCCGGCGGAGGGGCGGUGGGCGCGGAUGCUGCCGGAGCUGCUGGGAGAGAUCGUGAAGAGGGUGGAGGCCGGCGGCGAAAAGUGGCCGCUGCGGAAGGACGUGGUGUCCUGCGCCUGCGUCUGCCGGCGGUGGAGGGAGAUCACCAGGGGGAUCGUCCGAUCCCCCCUGGAAAGCGGGCGGAUCACCUUCCCUGCCUCCCUCAAACAGCCAGGGCCGAGGGACUCACCAAUCCAAUGCUUUAUCAAAAGGAACAAGAAGAAUUCGACAUUUUAUUUAUAUCUCGGCUUGACACAAACAUUCAUGGAUAAAGGGAAGUUCUUAUUGGCAGCUCGAAGAUUUAGGAAUGGUGCCCACACUGAAUAUAUUAUCUCUCUUGAUGCGGAUGACCUGUCCCAAGGAAGUAAGGCAUAUAUGGGAAAGUUGAGAUCUGAUUUCUUGGGGACAAAGUUUACAAUCUAUGACAGCCGGCCACCAUAUGAUGGUGCAAAGGCAGCAAGCAGCCGAGCAAGCCGUCGUUUUGCCAGCAAGCAAAUCAGCCCUCAGGUCUCAUCAAGUAACUUUGAGGUUGGACAGGUUUCUUACAAAUUCAACCUACUAAAAUCAAGAGGACCUAGAAGGAUGCACUGCACCCUGCAAUGCCCCUCAACCCAAGAAAUCGCAGAGGAUGAUUCUAUGAAGUCAAAGGGACAGAACCCUGGGGGAUCUGUAGUUCUAAGGAACAAAGCUCCUAGGUGGCAUGAGCAUCUGCAGUGCUGGUGCCUGAAUUUUCAUGGCCGGGUCACAGUAGCUUCGGUGAAAAAUUUUCAGCUGGUGGCAAUAACAGAUCCCAGCCAGCCAUGGGGGAUCGGAGAUGGGGAUACCGUGCUACUUCAGUUUGGGAAGGUUGGUGACGACGUGUUUACCAUGGACUACCGACAGCCACUUUCAGCAUUCCAGGCAUUUGCCAUCUGCCUCACCAGCUUUGGUACAAAAUUUGCCUGUGAAUAAAACCCAUCUAGAUAUAUUAUCCUGCACUAUGUGAUUGUGUUAUUACUGUAGAGACUGAGACUUUUAUUCCUUGAUUGCUGGGAUGGGGAGUUCUUGUUGGAGAUUUAUCCUGUUGUGCACCGGAUACCACAGAUAGCUGCGGAGGUUUUUUUUUAUCUCUGAAGCAAAUCGGAUAUUGCACAUUUGGUAGCGUGGGAAUGAGACCAAACCAAUACCAUGGUCUUUCUUCUAAUUUUUAGUUGUGACAUGUAUUCGCUUAUGCCACCAACCAGGGAAACUUAACAGUCUAGUUUUCUGAUCAACUCAAAAAAGAGAGGCUCAAGCGGAUGGAUUGAACCGUGUGGGAGGUUGGUGAACUGGGCGGCUUAAGUGGAUGGUUUGAGCUGUGGUUGGGGAUUGAUGAACUAGGCGAGGUAGGAUUUGGUUGUUGGUUUAAUGUCAUCCUAUGUUAUCGGAGUUGGUCUCUUAAGGUCAAUUAUGAUUGUAUGUGUUUGUUCGUUAUGCAAGAGAAUAAUCAAAUAUAAAGAAAAUUCUUUUCUUUA